AUGUCAUUUACAAUGCAGGGUAGUUCUGUAUUUCCUUCAAAGAAUUAUUAUACAAGAAUUUUUAAUCCAUCAAAUGAUUACUGCUUACAUGAGGAAAAAAUUACGGAAACACAAUCUAAAUUAAAUAAUUAUGAUGAAGAUAAUGUUGAUAAUCUUCUAAAAGCUUUAUGUUUUAUAUCUUUUACUGAUGAAGACAAUGAAGAUUGCAAAGUAAAAUGCCAUUAUAUGUACUACUGGAUAGGCAGUAUAUUAUUAAAAAUGUCAAAGGAAGAAAAUUCAUUUUCAAAUCUUAUUGAAAUACUUAAUAAUGGUUUAAAAGAUAUUUCUGGUACUAAUAAAUGUAAAUGUGAGUUUUUUAAAAAUAAUAAUAAAAACUUUAAAAAAAUGAAGAUUGUUUAUGAUUAUUGUUUAGAUCACGAAACAAUUCGACAAACUCUUAAUUUAAAUAAUAAUUUAUGUGAUAGUGUAUUUAAAGCAUACCUUGAAGAAUCUGUUAGUACGUAUGAAAACGUGUACGGUAAUUGUAAUUCGGAUAAGCCUGAACCUUAUUGUGAUGAACUUAGAAAACAUGUACCUGAUUGUUUUAAUUCUAAAUUAUCUAAUUUAAAGUGUAAUAUAGGCGAUACGUCAGAACAAAACGGGUUAUUUAUACUUAGUUCUGAUUUGAUUGUUGAACGGAGAACUACUAAAAAUAUGUCUACCUUUAACUUUUCUCACAUUUUCAUGUCAGUUACUAUUCCACUUGUAGGAGUUGUAUUCAUUUGCUUCUUCCUAUAUAAGUUUACUCCAUUGGUCCCCUGGAUAAAGAUGCACUUACUAAGGAAAAAAUCAAUUAGGCGCAAUUUGGAUGAUAUAAAUAUACAGGAUAUAAGAGAAGACAUGUAUGAAAAAGGGAAAUCAAAUUUAGAGAGUAAACAACUAAAUGUGGUUUAUCAUCCUGGAAGAAAUUCUCUUUACUAA